GAACUAGCUAGUCGACUAUUAGAAGCAGACAAGAAGAGAAGAAAUUGCCUACCUAAAUAUCCAGGUCUAGAAAGAUUCCAAAUGGUCAGGAAACUCGGAGACGGUGCGUUUUCAAAUGUAUAUGAAGCGCAUGAUCUAGUGACCGGCAAAAAGGUGGCUAUCAAAGUAGCACAGAAAUCAAGCUCUACAGAGAAGAGUAAUGGCAGACGUCACUUGCAUUCAGACGUUAUAAAAAAACCAAAAGCAACAGAGCGUGCUAACAUAAUGAAGGAAGUGCAGAUCAUGCGUAAUGUGAGACAUAGCAAUAUAGUGCAGCUGAUCCACUAUAUGGAAUCGGAUGAAAACUAUUUUCUGACUAUGGAACUUUGUGAAGGUGGCGAAAUAUUCCAUCAAAUUGUUAAAUUAACCUAUUUUAGUGAGGACUUAUCAAGACACGUAAUUGUUCAGAUCGCUCAAGCAGUACGACACUUGCAUGACGAAUGUGGUGUUGUUCAUCGCGAUAUUAAGCCCGAAAACAUUCUUUUUGAUCCUAUCCCUAUCAGGCCCUCCAGGUCUCGGAAGUUCCGGCCUAGUGAUAAUAUUGAAACAAAAGCCGAUGAAGGCGAAUUUAUUCCUGGUGUAGGUGGUGGUGGCAUAGGAAGGGUGAAGUUAGCUGAUUUUGGUCUUUCAAAGGUGAUAUGGAACGAUUCUACCUUUACUCCAUGUGGUACUGUCGGUUAUACGGCUCCUGAAAUUGUUUGUGAUAGAACUUAUUCCAAAUCUGUUGACAUGUGGGCCAUCGGUUGCGUUUUGUAUACCAUGCUCUGUGGUUUUCCUCCGUUUUAUGACGAGUCGGUGAGAGCAUUAACGGAAAAAGUUGCGAAGGGACAGUUUACGUUCCUCAGCCCUUGGUGGGAUACCAUUUCAGCCUCUGUCAAAGAUCUCAUCUCGCACUUACUAUGUGUUGAUGUUAGAAAACGAUAUACUGUUGACCAGUUCUUAAACCAUCCUUGGAUACGGCAAGACCCCUCCCUUCAAACCAACACUUUUUAUUCUGACUCAAAUAGAUAUGCUCAUCAAGCACAGAUACUCACUGCUCCUUACAGUAACGAUUAUUCUCGAGAUCACAAAAGACAGCUAGAAGUAGAGGAAAUGAUGCAGGAAGCCGCAAGAACUGAUUUAUUGACACCGCCUGAAAUGGAUCAAGAUGAAGAUCUGCUUAUGGAUGAGAAUAGCAAUGUCAUGUAUGCAACACCUGACCCUAACACUAUGAAAGGCAUACUUGAUAUCUCGUAUGCAGUUCAACGAAUGGGAGAAGAACAG